AUGAGACAUAGCCAGAGUGUCCAUGAGCUGUUUGAUAAAGGAAACGGAGCAAAAAUUCUUACCCAAAGUAGGACAGGGAAGAGGACACCUACAUACUUCCACAGACUGGCCCUGGACAGUGUGAUUACCAGCAAAGGAAGUCUCGUUCUGCUAAAUGGACCUGAUGCUAUUGAGGUUCACAAGCCCAGGAAAUUGAGCCAGCUGGUGAAUGGAGCCCAUCUGACUGAUGUUUACCUGCCAGCCAUCACAGAAAAGACGUCAAACCUGCAAGCAGCGAGAGUAAAUCUCAGCCAGUCCUGUCCACAUGUGUACAGCAGCAGACGUCGCAGAUCCACCUCAUCUGUCAUCUCGCAAAGAGCCUCAGACUUCAGUGCUAGAACGAAUUAUUUAAAGGAACAAAAAGAGUCAAGGAAGUCUAAUGUCUUAGUGACAAUGCUGUACCUGGGCCAGAGGAAGCCUGGGACCACCCAGGAUGACAUGAAAGUGCUCCAACAGAAAUGCGGAGGGGAGAACAUCUGUGUCUUUAAAGGAUCUGUUCAGCCUGGAGAGCAGUUCCAGUUUAUUUCUCAGAGACACCUUGGCUACCCAUUCAGUGCCACCUUCUACGUCAAUGGAAUAAUGGCCGGUAGAAUAAGUUCAUGCUGUGAGUAUCGUUACACCCCCGGCUUUCAGCAAGGCCGCAAGAGCUGUUUCAGACUGAUCCGACUGAGUGGAGGGAAACCCUGCUAUAAAUGUGUGAAUUCUAGACAUGGUAUUGGCAAUGAACCAGAAGAUAUUAUUCAUCACAGUAUCCACACUCUCAAAUCUCAUGAAGGUAACAUGGAGUCUUGCCCUUCUUCCCCUUUAUUCAUCCCUACUGGAAUGGAGAGAUCUGUACAGAGAACAAGAAAGCUUCCCAAAGAUGCCAGCAAGGUGCUAACAGAUAGUGAAGAUAUGAAUGACAGCAUGACAGAAAGAAAACGAUACAAGCGACAGAAGAGGCGUUAUGGCCGGCGAAGAGACAGCAAUGGCUCUGAGGCAUCUCAAUACAAAAGAGACACUAGAGAGGAUGAAACCAAGUCAACAGUUUUGAAUAGCUCAAUACCUCAUCUGGAAAAAUCAAAGAAUGUGAAGGAACAUGGCAAAGAGAAGCCAAAGACCAGCAAUAAAGACAAAGAUUUAUUACAGGACAGAGAAGCCCUGAGUAAGCAAAUUGGAAAGGAAAAGCUAGAUCCUCGGGAAUCAAAUGGCAAAAGCAGAAACGGGGAUAGACUGAGAGACUUCUAUGAAGAAUGUGUUGAAAUGAGCACUGGUCUGGAAUCUGGCCUAGAACAACACAAGUGGUUCAAAGCAAACAAGUUUGAGAGGAAUAAACUCAGAGAGCAGCUCACUUUGGGCCCCCACCCUAAUGACUCAGCUACUGAGUUGGAACUCAGUGAAGAGAGUGAUAAUGCUGUCCAUUCAAAGUCAGGGAAGCCCAGGACUGAUAUGAAAAAUCAAGAGAUCCUAGAGAAUGACGCAUUUGAGAAAAAACAAGAACUGCAAAAAAAGCUGGAUGCUAUGCUGGAGGUGUUGAAUACAUCAGAUGAGGUGGAGCUGGUGCUGAGGAAUACAGGAGUGACAGAUGAACUGCUACUGAGUUUUGUGGCAGCACUGAAGAAUAGCCUAUCUGAAGUCACAUUGGUCAACCUCAAUCUCAACCAUAUCGGACCUCUAGGAGUUCAUGGACUGCUGGACCUUCUACAGGCCAAACCAGAGAUCAAGGGACUACUGUUGUUUGGAAAUCAUCUAGGCGAUGUAGGAGUUCAGGUCCUGCUUAGUGGUGUGGCUGAUCUUCAAGUAAAAACAGCAGCAUCACCAAGAAUGCCAGUAUAUCCAAGACAAUUCUACCUUUCUGAGCCAAGCUUUGCACUCAUAGAGCUGGACUUGGGUGGAAAUGGGAUUGGCAGUGAGGGACUGAGAGUAUUAGGCACCUUUAUAAGGUAUCACUCCCAGUUGCAAUAUCUGGGCCUGGCCCAAACAUGUUGCUCUAGCAUGGAGGCCUGGUAUGUCUUUUUUGAAAGUCUGAAGGUAAACAAUAAACUCACCCACAUCAUUCUAGAUGAGAACAACCUGGGAGACCAAGGGGUCAAACUAUUUGCUGAGGCUCUGCAAAUCAAUGAAAGCUUGCGGAAAAUAGACUUGGACCGCAAUAAUUUUGGUGAGGUUGGAGGACAUGCUCUCCUUGAGGCACUCUCCAUAAGCCAGUGUUCUCUCGAGCACUUAAGCUUGGAGCAGAACUACAUCAGUACAGAACUGAUGAGCAAAUUUCAGGAUGUGGUUAAGACUAGUGAUGUACGUACUACUUUAAAAGCUUAGACCUGGAAAUUGUACUCUAAAUACCAGAAGACAAACUGUAAAAGAACUGGAGCCCGAGCCUCACUAAAAUGGGAAGCUGAGUAACUUUGUGACCUGUGUGUGGGUGGCUUCCAACAAACCCAAAUGAAUUGCUUUAUUCAGAGUUCCAUCUGCUUGGCUGUUCAAUAUAAACUUGGCCCAUGAAUGUAAAAGUUCAGAGAAAUAUUUGCAUCAGCUCUUGAGUGGGGUUCUUGAGUCCCUCUCAGUUGGAAGC